GUGAACACAUGCGGUCAGAAUAUUUUAGCUUGACCUGCAAUGACUCUUUUGGCUAAUUUACCCCUCAGAUGGGGAGAUGAUAGACAUCACAGGAGAGGAGAACAAAGCCCAUGCCAAAAUGCUUUCUUGUGAACCAUAUAAUUGUACAAUUAUUUUAUCAGGUUCAUUUCUAGAGUGGGCGAUGGCCCAUACACUUCAGUACUGAAGAGAGAGCCCGGUAAGCUGUAACCCAAUCCCGGCUGGGCUGUUCACUACAAGCCGACGGGCUGGCUGGCCGUGGCAGAAUUGCUGCAUAUGCCAGGAGAUCCAAAGCCUGCCAGCGAAACUGAAAACCAAGUCCCAACCGCACAAUUGGUCCAUCUGUCCUACCAUAACGCACAUGUAUCGCCCACGGAUCUAUUCUCAUCGUCACGCUCACGCCUCACGCGUAAUGUAAAAAUCAAUCGACCUCAGUGAUAUGUUGGCAAAGUAAGAUUAGUCAUUAUAUUUUUAACAUGAUUUUGCAAUGCAUAUAGACUCAUUUUGUUUAAAGCAAUAGAAAUUGCUAGUCAAAUCAUAUAUCGUGGCGAUGUAAAUUCAUGCUCAUAGAUUCAAUUCAACAUUUCGAAUUCUUUCUGUUCAAGAUGGAUGCUAUUUUUAUAGAAAUUGCUAGUCAAAUUAUCGCACCGACUCGUGUGCCGAACGAUUUAUAUUUAAAACUUAGGGUAGUAGUAGAAAAAAAAUAGCACCACAGCCUACGGAUAGCCGGAUAGUAUACGCGGGUUUUUUUUUCACUCUGAAUUCCGGUAUCCCCUGCGCCGCGGCAAUGUUCCAUCUCUUCUCUCCCCGGCGGCAAGCUGCCAAAAAUGGCGAUGAGCAGGAGCGAGCGCGGGGACAAGGGGACAGCAGUAACGUACAGCACCCAAUUCCUUUCUCUCCCCUCACGCCACCCUCCCACGCGCCGCCUGCGGCCGUGGCGUCGCUUUGCUGCCCGCCUUUGGCUCACUCUCUAGCUAAGCUGGCAUUCCUCAUUCUGGCUCGCUCCUUCACGCUCUGCUUUGUUGUCUUCACUCUCCACUGCCACUGCCCCUGCCCCCGCAGCGCUCCGUGUUCCACCUCCCCUGACGAGCUGCCGUGCGCGCGUCGGCGUUGCCCGACGACCCUGUGUGACGGGAGGCUACGCCGGCCUCCCUAACGCGUUCCACUGCGUAGCUGCUCCGCAUUGCGCGCAAGGUGUUCGAGGAAAGGCCCGGGUGGGAGGGACGAUGAUGCGGGACCUGACCUGCUUCGGGGACACCAGCGUCCAGAUCGCCGACGCGGCGUCCUCCUCCUCCUCCUCGGGCACCGCCGGCAGCGGCGGGCGCGGCCGCGGCAAGGGCCACGGCACCGCUGCGGCGAGGAGCCGGGUGACGUGCCUCUACCACGCGCGGCUCGCGGGGCGGCCGUGCGCGCUCUCGGUCACGUGGACCAGGGGCGGCGGCCUGGCCGGGCAGGCCGCCGCCGUCAGCGUCGUCGCGGUCGAUGCCGCGUCCGGGGACCGCCUCUGCCGGGCCGACGUCAAGCCGUGGCUCUUCUCCAAGCGCAAGGGGUCCAAGACCCUCGACGUCGCCGGCGCCGCCGCAAAGGUCGACGUGUUCUGGGACCUGUCCGGCGCCAGGUUCGGCGCGGCGCCCGAGCCGGUGGAAGGCUUCUACGUCGCCGUGGUGUGCGACGGCGAGACGGUGCUCCUGCUCGGCGACAUGAGGAAGGAGGCCUACCGUAAGACGGCCGCCGACCGGCCCGCCGUCGACGCGCUUCUCGUGGCCAGGAAGGAGCACGUCGUCAGCAAGAAGGUGUUCUCCGCCAAGGCCCAGUUCUCUCACCAUGGCCGGUGCCAUGACAUUGUGAUAGAGUGCGACACCGCCGGGGCGAACGACGACCCUUGUCUCGUGAUCCACAUCGACAGGCGGCCGGUCAUGCGGGUGCGGCGGUUGGCGUGGAAGUUCAGAGGGAACCAGACGGUCCUGGUGGACGGGCUGCCUGUGGAGGUGUUCUGGGAUGUCCAUGGCUGGCUCUUUGGCUCUGCGGCGAGCAGUGCGGUGUUCAUGUUCCAGACGUGCCAGGCACCUGAGAAGUCGGUGCCAUGGGCGUAUCUGCAGAUUUUUAGGGAGCCUCAGGUUCAAGGACAUGGUUUCUCCUUGAUAAUACAUGCGUGGAAGGUUGAGUAGGAGUGCGCAGGUUCGAAUUGACUGCCACAUAUGUUCAAGUUUUAGUAAAGAUCGACCCGUUCGCUUCAGCUUAUUCAGCCGGCUUAUCAGCCACCAAACAAUGUUCUCCUCUCAUAACAAAUCAACCGUUUUAGCUUUUCAGUCAGCUUAUAAGCUGAAGCGAACAGGCCUGAUGAUUUAGUGCCUGUGGUGUGAUGUGGAAUUUGCCACCUCCUGUAAACUCUGUUGGCUGUUUUCUCAAGAUUAAAUGAUGUUUUGUUAA